CUUCCCCGCCAACCCUCACGACCAGAAAACUGAAAGGGGCCUUUGCUUCCACUCUUUCCUUCAACCUGCUGAUGAUAUCAACGCCCCAACUGCCUCCCACCUUCUGAUGCAAAUGCCCCAACUACUGUACUCAGUUCUCUUUCCUCUACCUACAAAGCGACCGACUCAUUUGGAGAUGCCUCCAUCUGUUUCCAGGGUUGGGGGGUUACGAGAUAGGGCGUGCUUUGAGGUGAGGAAGAGGAAGGAUGAUGGAAUCCGGUAUCCCUCUCUGCAGCACCUGCGGGGAGCUAGUGGGAUUCUCAUCUUCGUCGAGCGAUGAGGUUUUCGUUGCCUGCUCUAACUGCAAUUAUCCUCUCUGCCGAUCCUGUCUCGAAGAAGAGAUCAGAGAAAAUCGGGAAAGCUGCUUGAGGUGUGGCGAGCCUUAUUUUCAUGCCGGAGAGAAAGAUUCCCUGAAAGACCUGGAAUCUGUGGAGCAUGUAACCAUGGCAUCUCGUUUACAAGAUGACCAGGAUGAUGGGGUUCAUGCUAGAAACUUAAGCAAUCUGUCCAUGACGGAGAGUGAGUUAAAUGAUGUAUCUGGAAACCCUAUAUGGAAGAACAGAGUACAGAGUUGGAAAGAGAAGAAAAUUAAAAAGAAUGCCGACAAAAAGGCAUUGAAGAAAACUCAGGUCCCUUUGGAACAGCAGAUGGAAGCCAAAGAGUCCCAAGAAGCUGGGAAACCAUUUUCAGCUAUCAUUCCUAUAUCUCGUAAUAAGCUCACACCUUAUAGGGCUGUGAUUAUAUUGCGAUUAAUAAUUCUUGGGUUGUUCUUCCAUUAUAGAAUUACAAAUCCUGUUGAUAGUGCUUAUGGUCUAUGGCUAACUUCAGUCAUAUGCGAGGUUUGGUUUGCAUUCUCUUGGGUGUUGGAUCAGUUUCCUAAGUGGUCUCCUAUUUGCAGGGAGACAUACAUUGAUACUCUUUCUUCAAGAUAUGAAAUGGAGGGUGAAUCUUGCAUGCUUGCUUCUGUGGACUUUUUUGUUAGUACUGUGGAUCCAUUAAAAGAGCCUCCACUAGUUACUGCAAAUACUGUUCUCUCAAUUCUUGCUGUGGAUUAUCCAGUUGAAAAAGUAUCCUGCUAUGUUUCCGAUGAUGGUGCUGCCAUGCUUACAUUUGAGGCCAUGGCAGAAACAGCUGAGUUUGCAACAAAGUGGGUUCCAUUUUGUAAGAAAUACUUGAUAGAACCUCGUGCGCCUGAGUUCUAUUUUUCGCAGAAAUUUGACUACCUGAAAGAUAAAGUUCAGCCAUCUUUUGUGAAGGAACGCAGGGCAAUGAAACGAGAUUAUGAGGAGUACAAAGUCAGGAUAAAUGCUCUGGUUGCUAAGGCUCAAAAAACACCCGAGGAUGGGUGGGUCAUGCAAGAUGGAACUCCUUGGCCAGGGAACAACACUCGUGAUCAUCCAGGCAUGAUCCAGGUAUUUCUUGGGCAUAGUGGUGCUCAUGAUAUUGAAGGAAAUGAGCUUCCUCGGCUUGUUUAUGUAUCAAGAGAAAAGAGACCAGGAUAUCAACACCAUAAGAAAGCUGGUGCAAUGAAUGCUCUUGUCCGGGUUUCAGCAGUCCUGACUAAUGCCCCAUACAUUCUUAACCUUGACUGUGAUCACUAUGUUAACAAUAGCAAAGCAGUCCGUGAAGCCAUGUGUUUUAUGAUGGAUCCUCAAGUUGGUCCACAUUUAUGCUACGUUCAAUUUCCCCAGAGGUUUGAUGGAAUCGAUCGCAGUGACCGAUAUGCGAACCGGAACAUAGUCUUCUUUGAUGUCAACAUGAAAGGACUUGAUGGAAUCCAAGGACCAGUUUAUGUUGGCACUGGUUGUGUUUUCAAUAGACAAGCACUCUAUGGUUAUGGGCCAACAUCUUUGCCCACCCUUCCCAAAUCUUCUUUCUGCUCCUGGUGCUGUUCCUGCUGUUGCUGCUGUCCUUCAAAAAAAGCUUCCAAAGAUAAAAAUGAAAGCUUCAAGGAUUCUAGGCGGGAAGAUCUUAAUGCCGCGAUAUUUAAUCUGAAAGAAAUAGACAACUAUGAUGAAUAUGAGAGAUCAAUGUUAAUAUCCCAAAUGAGUUUUGAGAAGUCAUUUGGUCUGUCUAGUGUUUUCAUAGAAUCUACACUGAUGGAAAAUGGUGGGUUGCCAGAGUCUGUAAACUCAUCAACUCUGAUCAAAGAAGCAAUUCAUGUCAUUAGCUGUGGAUAUGAGGAGAAAACUGAAUGGGGAAAGGAGAUUGGUUGGAUAUAUGGGUCUGUUACAGAAGAUAUUCUUACUGGAUUUAAGAUGCACUGUCGUGGUUGGAGAUCAAUCUACUGCAUGCCAUUAAGGCCUGCUUUCAAAGGAUCAGCUCCUAUCAAUCUUUCUGAUCGUCUUCACCAAGUUCUCCGGUGGGCUCUUGGUUCUGUCGAAAUUUUCCUCAGCCGACAUUGCCCACUCUGGUAUGGUUAUGGAGGUGGUCGUCUCAAAUGGCUGCAGAGAUUGGCUUAUAUAAACACCAUUGUCUAUCCAUUCACUUCCCUCCCUCUUAUAGCUUAUUGUUCUUUGCCUGCCAUCUGUCUUCUCACUGGGAAAUUUAUCAUUCCAACUCUCUCCAAUGUUGCGAGUAUGCUGUUCCUUGGCCUCUUUAUCUCCAUCAUCCUUACCAGCGUUCUGGAGCUUCGCUGGAGCGGUGUCGGCGUAGAGGACUGGUGGCGUAAUGAGCAGUUUUGGGUGAUUGGUGGUGUUUCCGCCCAUCUCUUUGCGGUCUUUCAAGGUUUUCUAAAGAUGCUAGCUGGUGUUGAUACAAACUUCACUGUCACAGCAAAAGCUUCUGAUGAUGCAGAAUUCGGCGAGCUCUAUGUGUUCAAGUGGACAACACUUUUGAUUCCCCCAACCACCCUCAUUGUUUUAAACAUGGUCGGCGUUGUGGCCGGCUUCUCUGAUGCAUUGAACAGUGGUUAUGAAGCAUGGGGGCCUUUGUUUGGUAAAGUUUUCUUCUCUCUAUGGGUGAUUCUUCAUCUCUAUCCUUUCCUCAAGGGUCUGAUGGGCCGGCAAAACCGGACGCCGACCAUUGUUGUGCUCUGGUCUGUGUUGCUUGCUUCUGUUUUCUCGCUUCUAUGGGUUAAGAUUGAUCCAUUUAUAAGCAAUACAGAUGAUUCUUCCGGCUCACAGGGAUGCAAUUCGAUUGAUUGCUAAUGCUUUGGUCAGACAAAAGAGGAUUUUUUUUUUUUGGCUUAUUAAUCUAAUUGCUUUUCACAUGUUGAUUAAAUUCAUAAGUGAAUCAUAUUGUAUGGUUUUUUGCCUAUAAUAAUUGUAUUAUAUUAUUUUUCAUAUCACUUUUGUAAACUUUAUCAAGCUCUUAUGAUUUUAUUAU